GAGAGUCGGAGGGCGAACCAUCAAGUCGUCUUAUUUGAAUUUGUUUGUCUUAUUGAACAGGCACCUUUAAGUGUUUUUAUUUUUCUAUUUCAUGGUGGACACAUUCACAAAUCUGAUCUUUAGAGUAGAACGCUCUACAAACAGAACAAGAAACAGAGGUCGUCUUCAGAAAAGGAACAUCAUGGGUGUUCGGGCCACGCUCGCCGUUCUCCUUCUGUUCAUAGCUACUGUCGAGGCUGAGGGCAAAGGAGGAGUAGAAUUCUGGAGUACAAACUUCACAAUGAUCUGUCCUGGAAACGGGACUUGGUUCAAGAAACUAGAACAUGACGAAAAUGAAGAAAAUAAAGGAGAGCUUGAACUCCAAUAUGCUGGCAACAACAAAGGCUUCUACCACUGCGAAUACCAGGAGGAUGGAAAAACGAAUAGAUAUUAUUUCUUCGUGAAAGGAAAGGUGUGUGAGAACUGUUAUGAGCUGGAUGCCUCUUUGGUUGCGGUGGUCAUUGUUGCGGACGUGGUGGGGACAGUGUGUGUGAUGUACAUUAUCUACCGGUGCACCAAGAAGAAAAGCUCAGCUGGACCCUCUCAAGCCUCCAAAGCUCCUGCUCGCCCAGGAGGCCGGCCUCCACCUGCCCAAAAUCCUGAUUAUGAGCCGCUGAGCCCUCACACUCGCUCCCAGGAUCCUUACUCUGUCGUGAACAGGAUGGGAUAGAGACAAGUCACUGGACUGCGACGGGUCAAUGGUUUAAUCAAUGCACAGGCGAAGGCAGAUAUGCACAAAAAGGCAAACGUGAAAAUCAUUCAUGCUCCCAGCACGCACAGUCUGGCUUUUGCUUUCUUGGAUUUAAAGGGUCGCUUGACCCAAAUGGCAAAAAAUAAUGGAUUUUCUCACUUACCCCUGGUAUUACGUAGGUCUGAUUUGUUCAUGUAUGUUAGCGUGGUACAACAGAGCUGGAUGGCAUUUAGUUUGUGGUGGUCAUGGUAUUGAUAAGUUACUUUGAAAAACCACUUAGGGACUACUUUCUUCUGCAGAAAUGGUCAGUAAUUCCAAACCUGAGGAUAUUUCUGUCGUUACCAGGUGGUCCAUGGAAAGAUCAUGUAUCUUUUCUUAUUUAAAAAAAUUGUGAUUUGAUAAUAUAACUCAUGUAUCGAUAUAUUUGAGUUCAUGAGGAAAAAUAGACUCACAAAGAGGAUUACAAAUUGGUGUGAUGCCAAUCUUCAAUGCAUUGACUGUCACAAUAAUCUAUCAACUCAACUUUUCCUCUGACCUGAGUCAGUUUUAAUACCUUGACUCAGAGUGUACUUAUUGUAAAUGAGAGUUUAUGAUUAAAAUGUUCAGUUUCUUUUUGAAGUUUGAUUGCAAACGUGAAUGACUACUGAACAAACAAAAAAAGACAUCACAUUAAGCAUCGACAAUUUCCUGGAACUACUUCUAUAUAGGAUAUAUUAAAAUGUAAUCUUUCAAUAAUGUGAGCAGCAGAAACAAAUUCCAUUGAUGUCUACUGUUUUCAUGUGGGUGCAGAAAGCUCAGAGAAAAAUAAAGACCUAAACUAUCCGCGCGGCUAAAUACCAUUAGAGGUAAAAGAGAAAACAAUAACAUGUUUUUUUUUUGUUUUUUUUAAAUCUACAUAAUGUACAUAUAAUGUUGUUGGUUUUUACGCUGUCAUAAUGGUGUUAAUUAAAUUAUAUGCUUUAGCAGGGAGUCACAGUUAGAGGCGUUGAUGUACUGGACUGCAUGAUACAAAGGUGUUUCUAAUAUUCUGCCACCUCAUGUAUGUAAAUGUUAAAUACAAAAAAAUCUAGUACAACACUAGCUGUAAAAAAUAACCUCAGUUAGAAACUUAUAAUUGAAUCUACACAUUUUCUACAAUGUCACCACAAAAAGUUGAAUUUCCAGCUUCGUAAAGUUAGAAUCUAUGGCAGAGCUGCUUGAUUGGAUAACAGUACAUCGUAGACGUGAGUGUAUAUAUGCUGUUUUUGUAGCGUACUGACUCUUUAAAAACAUCGACAGAGAGUUCAAUCUACAAUAGUGUACAAUACAAAAUGUAGUAUCAUUUCAACUAUAGAGCUAUAUACCUGUUUUCUGUACAUAUAUGCCAUAAUAAAUUAAGCUUAUGUUUGUCAGACAUUUUGCUCAACAUCAA